AUGCCCUUACUAAUCGAGCCCACUAAGCCUCGACUUUGCCUGUGCCAUGAUGAGAGGUACCUUAAUCUGUGGAUCAAAGAUCUCCCUUUCAAACUAGAAACUCUAAGGGAUGUCCAUAGAAUGAUUGAAAAGAAUGCCUAUAUGAUCACCCUUGACGAAAAAUCAGGUUAUGAUCAUAUUCUGUUAGAAAUGAACAGAGCUCUUUCUGUGGCUCUGAAGAACAGUAGGAAGAUUCCAGUCACAGGUUCUGUUCGUGAGGAGCUUGAACACUGGUGCUUUUUGGACAAUUGGGGAGGCUGUAUGAAAUGGAGACCAGAAUACCACAAGUUAAUUGAAAUGUCCACUGAUUCUUCAGGGUAUCGUUAUGGAGCGGUAGUAGCAUUGGAUGAGAGGGUAGUAAAUUGGAAAGGAAGGAAUGUCCUUCCUGCCAUCAGAAGGCUCCAGGAGGGUGCCCCGGUAAAAGCCCUUGCAAGGAUGAUGGCAGGUCGUAAAACGGAGGACUUGUCUAUGCGGGAUGUGGAAAAAUAUGUAAAUGAACUCACUGAUGAGUCCCUCUCAGACCAAUUAGAAUUGGCAGGAAAGAACAAGGAGGAUAUAUCAGAGGCACGCCUCCUCCUACAUUAUCUGAUAGUUCUGGCUAAUGAGAAGGGACAACCCCAAGGUCAGGAUCUACUUGAGGCACCGGGAACAUCUACAGAAGCACAGGGCGACAUCACACAAGAAAACGCUUUGGUACGUAAUAAUGAUGAACCACCAAACAAAAGGUCAAAAUCUUGGUCCGGCUCACUGGAGGCAAGAAUUGCGUUUUUGGAAAGCUCCACAUCACCAAAGGUUUCCGACAUUAAAGAGAGGGUGAGGAUACUUUGCCUUCAACCAGAACCAAGUAAUUCCUUAAUCCUUCUCACAUUAGAGGAACUUGCAAAAGCAGCCAGGAGUGCUAACCAUGAGGAGUCGGGUCUAUACGAGGAACUUUUGAGACAAGUUCAUAGACUACAGUCUAAGGUCUGCCUUCCAAAGCUCUGUCUAUCUGUCUUAGGGGGGAAUGAGUCUGAGAAGAUAUCAAAAGCUAUUGCCAAGUGUAUGAAGGAUGUCAUAGACACAGCCAAAGAAUCAAAGAAAGAGGCACCACUGGUAGGGAAAACACAAACCACUCUGUCGCCAUUGGACAACUUGUAUGUCACAUUACCCCUACCAGGGGCAGACCUGGCCCCUAUGCCUUUUCCCCUGCAACAACAUCCUAAUCCUAUGUAUGGAUCUUAUCGGGGUUAUGUUCAGCAAGGGUAUGGUCAGCAGGGCUAUGGCCAAGGGUAUGGUCAAGGGUAUCGAAAUUAUAGGAGGGGUGGUUUUAGGCACCCUGGGCAACGCCCUAGAGGAGCAUGCCUGGUUUGUGACAGUACAGCCCACCAGGUCCGGGAUUGUCCAAAAGUAAAAGAGUUCAGGCAAAAGUAAUACUUGGAAGAUUGCAAAUUUACAACAAAUGUUCAUAUGUUUACAGUGUCAAAUUAUGUUUACCAGAAAGCAACUGGUUUGAUAAAACUGUUUACUUAAUUAAUACUCAAUAAUUAAGAUACUUUUGGUUUAUAUAUGACCAAUUGUGAUGUAUAAUUGAAAUGAUCAUGAUGCUUGUAGUCCUACAGGGAGAUAUAGAUGCAUUGUACUAACAUUAUACUAGAGUUAUGUAUUGUCUUCUUAGUAAACUAUUAUAAAUAGGUUAGCUUGUAAGUUAUAAUGGUACUUCCUCCUCUGCUGUCCAAAGGACACUGACGCCUUAGUGAGUUACACUCACGUGGGUAGCGGACGAGGGGGUUCCACUUAUUUCAAUGUUACUUAUGCUGGUCCUGUUUUUUGAAUUAUGCAUACCUUCUGUGUAUUACAUAAGUGCAGAGAGGAUGGCCGCUGUGAUGGUGGAAUUACGAAAAAAAAAAAAAAAAAAAAA